CUCUUCAUCUUGGGAAAGAUCAGCAACACCAGGUCGAGACAGACACACAGAAAGCCUCUUUAGUCCAACUGCAAGCUGCAAGUCCAACUGCAAAUAUAAGAUGCCUACUACAAAAAGAAUCAUUUCUGACACCCGGAAGCCAGAAAAAGGAAAAAAGGUCAAAGCUGUAAAAGCACCCACAGAGAGGACCCCAGCCUAUGAGCCAAAUAUUCCUGAACCCAAAUGCAGAGCUGAUCUUGUCAAAUAUUGGAUUAAUUUAUCCCUGGAUGACAAAACAGCCAAUAAAAUGCUGUGGAUUACAGAAGGUGGAGCUAAAGUGGCCCGUAUGACUGAUAAUAUCACUUGUCCUGUCUUGGACAGACCAGAGCGAUAUGAGUAUGCUCCACAGGUUCUUUGCAAAGAAGGUGUCCUGGGAAGCCGAGGCUACUGGGAGGUGGAAUAUUCAGGAUGGGUUGUGAUUGGAGUCGCAUACGAAGGAGCAGGAAGGAGGAACAUGGAUGGGCCCUGUGGCCUGGGAGAAAAUGAGGAGUCCUGGGGUCUUGGCUGGAGUGGUUCCAGCUAUUAUGCCUGGCACAAAGGCCACAGUACAGAGAUUGUGGAGAUUCCCAAGAGCUCCACGAUAGGCGUAUAUCUUGACCAGCCUGCUGGUGUCCUUAAUUUUUAUGCUGUGGAAGAAGUGAUUGAGGGAGAGGAAUGCAACGGAAAAAAGGAGGUUAAACUUUUGAAGCAGUUUAAAAGCUCCUUUAAGGAGAAAAUGAUGCCAGCUUUCUGGGUGGGAACACACUCUAACUGCAUUAUCAAAAAGAAGGAGGAAUAAAGUGUCAGCAUAUAGACAGCAUAUAAUCAUAUCUAAAACUGAGUGGAGCUGAACUCUGGCUGGGAGAGGAGUGAAGUAGUUGUCAUCCUACUGCAAUAAAACAACCAAUAAGGCUGUUUUAAACACAAAAUAACUUCACACAAUAGGGCCGUCCACAUCAUCAGAACUUAUAUUUAAUGAAAACAGUACCACAAAUAUAAUCCUUAUCUACCAUAUCUCUGAGGCAAUCAUGCAGCAAAUUUUUGUACAAUUCAAUAAAGGGAACAAAGCGCAAUCAGUAAAUAUUGAAUACUGUCCACUCUGUCGGACUUUUCUGAAACCACAGGACCACUCAAGGUUUAUACUAAUAUAUAUGUAUAUGUACUUGUAUUCCUCCAUUGUUAUUGUUUGCUAAGAAUAUAUAACUAGUUUGGCAUGAGUCUAUGUACUGUAAAAUGUUAAAUAUGCAAAAAUGUAAAUGAAAAAUAAAGUUCAG